AUGAAGUUCAUGAAGCUUGGAUCGACUCCGGAUACCUUUCAGGACGAUGGGAAUGAAGUCAGUAUUGCAGCAUCUGAAUUGGUGAGCGACGUCACUGUUCGUAUAGGGACUACAAAGUUUUACCUUCACAAGUUUCCGCUCCUAUCCAAGUGUGCUCGCUUUCAGAAGUUGAUUCCAACUACUGGUGAUGAAAAUAUUGAGAUCCACAUCCAUGAUAUUCCUGGUGGUGCAAAGGCUUUUGAGAUCUGUGCCAAGUUUUGCUAUGGCAUGAUUGCCACACUCAAUGCCUACAAUGUGAUUGCAGCCCGCUGUGCUGCAGAGUACUUGGAGAUGAAUGAGACUGUUGACAAGGGCAAUCUGAUCUACAAGAUUGAUAUCUUCCUCAGCUCAAGCAUAUUCCGGAGCUGGAAAGACUCUAUUAUUGUUCUUGGUACAACAAAGGCUCAUUUACCUUGGGCAGAGGAACUUAAGCUGGUUAGCCACUGCAUUGACUCUGUUGCUUCAAAAGCCUCUAUUGAUGUUUCAAAAGUUGAAUGGUCUUACACAUACAAUCGUAAGAAGCUCCCAACUGAGAAUGGCCAUGAUUCGCCAUGGAAUGGAGUCAAGCAGCAGCAGUUUGUUCCGAAGGAUUGGUGGGUCGAAGAUCUGACAGAUCUUGACAUUGAUGCCUACAAGCAAGUCAUAACAGCAAUCAAAACCAAGGGUAUGGUCCCCAAGGAUGUGAUCGGUGAGGCAAUUAAAGUCUACACUUACAAGAAGCUUCCAUCACUAAGCAAGGUCUCAAUGAUCCAUGGCGAUGCAAAAGUUCGGGCUAUGCUAGUUACCAUCACAUGCCUGUUGCCAUCUGAGAAAGGUUCAGUUUCAUGCAGCUUCCUCUUAAAGCUACUGAAGGCAACAAAUUUGCUGAAGUGUGGAGAGAUGUGCAGGAAAGAGCUUAUGAAGCGCAUUGCACGGCAAUUGGAAGAAGCAUCAGUGUCAGAUCUUCUGAUCCCUACAGUGGAUGGGGAUACCACUGUUUACGACAUUGACCUGAUUCUUAGCAUUGUUGAAGAAUUUGUCAGACAAGAUAGUAAGAAUGCCCAGAGACACAAUGGUGGUGAAGUGAAUGACCAUGUAUCAGCUCCUAGUGCAUCAAUGAUUACAGUGGCCAAAAUUGUUGAUGGAUAUCUCGCAGAGGUUGCAAAGGACCCAAAUAUACCGGUCUACAAGUUCUUCAGUCUAGCUGAGACAGUUUCGGCCAAUUCAAGGCCGGAGCACCCAGGCUUGGGCAAGAGCGAUAAGAAGAGGCUCUGUGCUCUCAUGGACUGCAAGAAGUUGUCUCCCGAUGCAUGCGCUCAUGCCGUGCAGAACGAGCGCCUGCCUCUGAGGAUUGUGGUGCAGGUGCUGUACCACGAGCAGACAAGGGCUUCUGCAGCAGCCACCAUCCGAGCUGACAGCAUCGGCAUCGGCUCCUACGAGAGCUCAAGGUCAGGGGCCACAACAAACACAGAAGACGAGUGGGACGGCGUCAUGGCCGUGGAAGACCUCAGUCUGUCCAAGACCACGAAGCUAGACAAAUGUGACACAGCCAGCACCGUGGUGGAGAAGAACCACGGUGGCAACAAGGGUGCCAACGGCAGGGUGAAAGGUGGCGCGACGUCAAAGAAGGCGCUCGGGAAGAUGAUGUCAAGCAAAGGGCAGGCUGGGGAGCGCAGCAGCUCGGAUUCAUCCGACAGCGCCAUCUUGCCGAGCCAGGAGCAUCCCAAGAGGACCCCCGCAAGGAGUACCACCAAGUCAGCUGCCGCUUAG